UGUAUUUUGUACGAAUUUUAUUCUUUUAGUUUUGUAUUUUUCUAUCUUGAAAAUUGAAAUCGAAUAUUUCUUUUUUUCGAGGGCUGCAGUAUUUUUUGGAGGAUUUUGGUUUGGAUAAUGGGUGAAAAUUAUUUUAAUUUCAGUUGAAACCUGAAAGCGACUCCUGUUGAUUAAAACAACAUCAGGAGCGGUCGUGCCGUAAAUGAUGGUAAAUCGCAUUACUGCAGGCAGCAUCGGCGCGGCGCACUUGGAAAUUGGGAAUGUGGGAUCAUUGAUCAUGAAACUGAACUGCUGACGUCCAGCUCGCAUCCUCUUAGCGAAUGGCUGUUUUGGCCGUGCCAGGCGAAGAGACCAUCGGUCUCCUGCCCAAACGCUUAUCCGACACCGCAGCGCUGCGCGCCAGCGACGACGAACCUGGCCCCGCGAAGAUCAACCAGUCUGGCCUCUCCACGCGGCACGCUCUGACUCUGUUCGCCCGUCUCAUCGAGGACGAACAGUCCCGGUACCGGCGCUCCGUGUCGUGGCGCAACUGGGUGCAGGAUGCUUUCGAUCAGCGCAGUUCGCGUUCCAUUUUUCGCUGGCCGGAGCUGCUGCUCAUCGUGCUGCAGUGCGUGCUAACUGUAGCAGGCUUCUUGGUGCAAGAUGCUGGGGGCCGUGUGCUGAUCAAACCGGUGGAGUGUGCCGCGGUGCUGGCGGUGUUGGUGCUGUUCGGAGUGGUGAAUGUGUUGCUGUCUUGUCUGGAAGCGCGCGGCCGCCAUUUGGAGCUCUGGUGCCAGGUUAUCAGUAUUCUGGCGACGAUUCGACAGGAAUUGCAAGGAUCGAAAAAGCUGACCGAAUGGAAACAUUCGUACUACCCCGAUGUGCUGUGUCCCGACAGUCCGUGUGUGGCUCUGCAGUGGACGUACCGUGACAAUGCUGUCAUCAAUUUACCAGCGAUUCUGCUGGUUCCGGGCGAUAUCAUUGUCGUCCGACCGGGCCAGCGGGUCGUCUGCCACUGUAAUUCCGUCAAAGAGACCCCGACGGACGCUACCGAAAUUACGCUCAUGCGGGGUGAGAUCUACCAGCCCGACACUGAUGGGGAAAUGGAAGCUCCGUUGAGCGCUGUGCAACGUACCGCCGCUGCUGAGCACCGUUUCAUCGUCCAGGAAGCGCCCUUUCGGAGCAUCUUGGUGGAAUCUCUUUCUAAUAAGCCGCUUAAUCGACCGAGCAGCAUUAUUGAAAAACAGCGCAUUACCACCCUGAAUUACAUUAUGGGUCGCUUUCUACCCGGAGUUGCGGUGCUGUAUUUGAUUGGGAAUAUUAUUGAAAUUUGUGUUUUUGUGGAGAGCACAAAGCGUCGAUGGGCAGAAGAGUUUUUAUUCGGAUGGCUUUAUGUUUUGCUACCACUGACUUCUCUCGUUUUUCCUUCUCUUUGGUUGGGGAUGAAUUACAUAAUUUUGGCCAGAGUGCUGAGCGUUUUUCAGAAGUUCAAAAGGAAAAAGUUGAAGCAUGAUCAUCUCCACGAAGCUAAGCUCACCGAUGCCAUGUAUAUCGUGAAAGCCGACUGGGCGUCGAUUUGGCAGCGCUUCCGAUCGUUGGUCAAAGGCACCAACGACUCCCUUUUCCAAACCUCCAACAUUGUUCACACUUUAGGCAACGUAACUGCUAUCUGCUGCACGGACAAGAAGGGCGUCCUCUCGUGGCCCAACCCCAACGCUGAGAAGAUUUUCACCCUACACGCGCGCGGAGAUUCGGUAUCGGCUUCGAAGGUUUCCCUGCGGCAUUCCAGUAAUUCCCUGCAGGAAAUGGGCCACAGUGCCGAUGAGGCAUUGACUGCCAAGAGUUUUGAACGGCAUAAUUCCCUGUCAGUGGUACAUCAAGAGGUGCCGGAACUGAUUGAUGGGGUGGCGGAGGUGGUGGAUAUUACACAAAGUGGUGGCCGGGAGUUCGAGAUUGAUUUCGACGAUCCCAGCUGGACACGGAUGCUCGGCAAUCUAAAGCCGCUGGGGUUGGCGGUGCUGUUGAAUACUUGUAGUAAGGAAGUGCAGGACUAUUAUCGGGCUUUCACUGAUCAUGUCAGUUGCGUGGCAUUGCAUCAUGAUCAAUCGGUGCCAGUGGUGAAUCGCAGAUGCCUAUGUUCGUUCAGCAAGUUGAUGGGCUUUACCUCCACCGCUGAAAGCAUCUUCCGGCAAGUGCAGCGCAUGGCUUUUUACCGGAAACCCAAUAAAACGCCACGGGAAUUAGAAGGACGUUACAAAACGCCGUUUCCGAAUAUGCUGAGUGUCAUUGUGCAGGACACCAAAUCAGGUGGCCUACAAGUCUUAUCCCAAGGAACGGCCGAUCUCGUUCUGGACACUUGUACGGAUUACUGGAACGGUCAGGAGACCCGCCCCCUUACCCCGGAAGAUCGUCGACACAUUCUGGAAUUCUACACUCGGUUUAGUAUGACUGCAUACUGUACGGCAUUUUCGUAUUCGCCACUGACCACCGCCGUGGCUGAGCAGUCAUCGGACUCCGAUUCCGAUGAGGAUGAGAUAUUUAUUGAACUGCCAUCUGAGGAGGAGGACGUGUCGAUGCACGAGCUGACAUCGCAGAUCUCGCGAACGUCCAGCGGCUUGGUGCGGGAGAUGUACGAAAGCUGUUGUAAGAACCAGGUUUUCUUGGGGUGCGUGGCGCAGCAAUACCAGUCUCGGAAUGAUUUUGUCCAUUUGAUCGACCUGCUGGAGCAAGCAUGUAUUCGAUUUAUACAUUUUUCGACGGAAACCGAACUCCGGAGUCGUGUAUUUGCGGAAAGAUUGGGCUUGGAAAGCGGGUGGAACUGUCACAUUGCUCUGGAUUCUCAAGGCAUCGAUCCGAAUUCUUUGGAUCCGGAUGUGGUUCAGCCGGCGCCCGUUGAUAAUAACGCCAAGAAAGAUGUCAGCGUCAUUGUUGUUGAACAGGAGUUGGAUCUGGAAAAUCGAGCCAGACUACCGCGAGGCAUUGAGAACAUUCGCGAGCAUAUUGCCAGUGUGGAUAAUGUACCGCUGUUAGUGUCGCUGUUUACCGACUGCCGGCCGGAGUCCAUCCAGGAAAUGAUCGCGAUCAUGCAGGAGAACGGUGAAGUCGUCUGCUGUUUGGGCAGUUCGGGGAAUUUAACCAAUUCAGCUAUUUUUCUCCAAGCGGAUGCGGCGAUCGCCAUAGAACCGAUGUAUCCCAAAAUUUGUGCUACUUCGUCAACGCCAAGAAUUCUGGUGGAUCGAAAGCAUCUUCCGUGUACGCCAAUGGAACUGAUGAAGACGCUGACUAGUCUGAAUUGCUCUCUUUCUUGUCAGAAAGAGGAUCCUAUGAGCAUAAUGCAGCUUGUUAUUGAGUCCCGGCACAAUUUGGCUGUUCUGCGCAACUGCUUCAAAUAUCUGAUCUCAGCUGGAAUCUUCGUCGUGAUAAUGAACACUCUGGCUAACUUCCUCUGCUUUCCGCCACCCAUCUCCGUCGGUCACAUCAUCCUGCUGGUGUGCUUCUCCCUGCCCCUGCUCAGUCUGUCCCUCCUGUCCGUUCCCCAUGAUCGCAACCUGAUGCGCAUCUCUACUGGGAAGAACCGUGUGGACGAUAUUGUCAAUCGCGAAAGUGUCUGCCGUUUCCUUUGGACAUUCUUAGCGCGCUGGCUCCCUUCUGUCUUUGUCGUGCUGGCCUGUCAUGCGCUGCUAUUACUGGAGAACUGCCACGCCGGUGCGGGCACAUGUUAUCCCGCAUUGGCCAAUCUGACCACUGGGGAAACCGCGGUGUCCCUGAACCAGAAUUUGUGCGCAUUAUUGGUGAUAUUGUACUUUGAUGUGAUCUCCAUGGGAUACGGAAAUAACAAACCGGGAUUCUGGAAGUAUUCGCCAUUGAAGAAUUUACUGUGGAUCCUGGCGGCGUUGACGGGGAUUUUUGCUCAGUUAAUCUACUUCUUUUUGGAUGUGGAUUUUGUCCUGGGAAGGCAUUCCCCCGGGUUCAAUGGAACGAGUGUUUGGCGUUCUCGGGAGGAAUUUGACGGGGAGGCCUGGUACGAUUCCGUGCCGUACUAUGUGUGGUUGUUGGGGUUUCUGUGGCCGCUGCUGUUGUUCCCGGUUAAUGAGCUGAUUAAAAAGUUUGAACUGGCGGCGCUGGAUAAACAGCAGAAGCGGGCGCGGCUACAGUUCGGCACGAAAUUGGGCAUGAAUUCGCCGUUUUGAUUUGUUUUAUUUUUUUAUUUAUUGUUGUGGAGAAUGAUAGGCGCUGGUUUUUACGUACUGUAAGUGUAACUAUGUAACGAACGAUUUAAUUUGCUUCUAAACAUUGGAACCCAAUUGUUCGGGAACCGGAAUAAACUCAACGUACGGUUACUCAACGAAGCGAUCAAAUUUGAAAAGAAAAAUAUAUAAGCUCAUCCAGUUUAUCGAAGUUUGUUCCAACUGUUAGAAUUCGUUAAUGUUUGUAACGUUUGCGUUCUGAUGUACCUAGUAUUGUACUAUCAUGCUCGCACUGACGCCCGUUGCCAAUCCGCAAGCUGUUUCGGACCGCCAUAAUGUGAUAAU